AUGGUGGAGAAGGCUGGAAGUAUCAGUUCUCAAUCCCGAACGCGGAGCAUGGCGCCGAUGGUGCAGCGUAUUUCAGCUGGCCGUACUCUGGUACCUACCACAACGCCAACUUUACCAAUCGCGUUUAUGGAGAUGCUUGGAAAUUUCAUCGUCAACGACAACCCGUCAGUCUCCAGCCUAUACGACAAUGGCAUCAACACUGGCAACACCACCUACAACCCUGUCAGCGACUGGCCGCCAUACAGCAUCUACAACCCUCUGUUGAUGGACUUCAACACGACAUGCCCGGAGACCACCGAAAUCGGUGGACUGCCUUACUGCACAGGGUCAACGCAGAAGAACGAGUUCCGGCUGGCUGAUGCGUACACUUGGGAGGGUGGACGCGGUGUUCGCUGCGACUUCUGGCGGAACAUGGGCAAGAAGGUGCCUGAGUAG